AUGUCUACAUUGAACGACGACGAUUUCUACAAGGCGCGUCAAACAACUACAACUACUAGUCCAGAUACCCUCUCGGUGGCCCCGGUGGCUGCCAUGAAUACAAUGUCACGAGCAACAACGGUGUCUUCAUUCGACAGCUAUUCGCCGCCAUCGACCCCCAUACCAGCAAGCAUUGCAGAAUCAGAACCUGCAGCACCCACUUCUCCUCGUGAUCGUUUGCCAAGACGUACCUCAGAAGAGUUUCAUCGAGAAUUAUCAGCCAGGCGCAAAGCUUUUCGUCGCAUGUCCCGUUUGGAUGAUGAUCGAGUCCUUAUUGGCACAAGAGUCGCUGAAGGUCAUCAGAAUUACGUCCUCAUGUACAACAUGCUCACUGGUAUACGCAUCGCUGUGGGUCGUGUAUCAGCAAAAAUCGAUCGAGAACUGGUGGAAGAUGACUUUUGGGCAGCUCACAAGCUUGCUUUUGAUGUUACCGGUGAUGAGUUAACGCCUGGUGCACGAUACGACUUCAAGUUUAAGGAUUAUGCACCUUGGGUGUUUCGACAUUUGAGAGCUCAAUUCGGUAUCGAUCCUGCAGACUAUUUGAUUUCAUUAACAAGUAAAUACAUUCUCUCCGAAUUGGGAUCCCCUGGCAAAAGUGGUAGCUUCUUUUAUUAUUCCCGCGACUACCGUUACAUCAUCAAGACUAUUCAUCAUUCAGAGCACAAAUGUCUACGCAGAAUCCUUCCCGAUUAUUAUAAUCAUGUUGUUGAUAAUCCCAACACUUUACUUUGCCGUUACUAUGGAUUACAUCGAGUCAAACUUCCUCGUGGGCGCAAGAUUCAUUUCGUCGUCAUGGGCAACGUCUUCCCACCUCAUAAUGAUAUCCAUGAAAUGUACGAUCUCAAGGGUUCAACGUUUGGUCGCUUUUUACCUGAGGAGGAGAUUUCCAAGAGCAAGAAUGCUGUUAUGAAGGAUCUCAACUUUGAAAAGAACAAAAAGAAGUUACAAAUGGGUCCAUCCAAGCGAAAGCUUUUCAUUAGCCAGCUUGUGCGUGAUGUCAAGUUGCUUGUACGCAUGAAUCUCAUGGAUUACAGUUUAUUGAUCGGCGUUCAUUACAUGGCAAGAGGAAAUAAGGAAAACAUCCGCAACUCCACAUUACAAUUCUUUGAGCCUGAUACGAAGACCGCGGAACGACGAGCCUCUGUAAUGAAACGACGUGAAAGCCGUGUUGAGGUAUAUCGCCAUACGCUUGCACAGACUAAUCCGGAUCGCCUCAAUGCAUCGGAAUUACCUGAUGAGCCUUUGGAAGAUCGUCUUGGGUGUGUAUUCUAUACGGAUGACGGUGGUUUCCGAUCAACGGAUGAAAAUGACCGGCCAACAUCAAUACUGUACUACUUGGGUGUGAUCGAUAUCUUGACCGCCUACGACGCCAAAAAGAAAUCCGAGCACUUUUUCAAGAGCAUGACCCAUGACAAACAUGCCAUUUCAUCGGUGAACGCGGCUGAAUAUGGUGAUCGCUUUAUGGGCUUUAUGGCCAAUGCAAUCGAGCAUAACCAGGACAUCCCACUUGAAUACCAAAUGACCACUGGAUCUACAUAUUAA